CAAACAAUAUGGAUGUAUUCGUGGUUGAAAAUAAUGGAAGAACACUGUCAACAGAGGUAGAAUCAUCAAAAGUUGAACCUUCGAUAGAACUUGCACGACGUCACUUAUUAAGAGAAUUCUUUGAUCCGAUGCUGCUGAUGGAGCUUAUUAAAUUCCCUUUUCAAAGGCGGUCGAAUAAUCGCCGUUCAAUAUUGUUGUUACUUAUUUUGUGUUAUUUACUAACUGUUGGUCCUAGUGAGAUGGAGUCUGAAUACUUGAAAAUACACAAAGAAAAUAAUCAGAGCUGGAAUUUCGAAGGCGAAGAAACACCCAAUACGGUUCGUUAUACAUCAAGUAUUAUCGGAACUAUUCUGGGACUCGUAGUCUUUAAAAUAAUUUUAAAAUUCUCCGAUUUAAUGAUUGGUAUAUGGUCUUCGGUCUUCACUGUCGUGUCUUUCUUUAUAUAUGCUUUCGCAACGGAUGCGACAAAAUUGUAUGUGGUCAAAGUUCUGGAUUUGUUUAGAUAUUUAAGUAUUGUGUCCAUUAAAUCAACUGCAUCCAUUAUUACUCAUGAUGAGGGCAAGUUGUUCGCUAUUUUUAGUAUAUUGCAACUAGUUGAAGAUCACACAUUUCCAUAUAUCUACAAUGCAGUUUACGCUGCCACUUCUAAAUCAUUUCCGGGAGGCGUCUUCGUUCUGAGUAAUUUUUUCUAUGUACCCACUGUGCUGAUUUUCAUUGUAUGUUACUUUUUAUUACAUCGUCGUGGCACGAAUUUGGCAACGAAGAUCGAAAAUCCCUGAACGAUUUACUUAUGUCACUAAAAAGAAACCGAAAUCUUUUAAAAUAUAUAAAUGUUCUAGAAUGUCCGCACAAUAAAAUAUAUACUCUGUGUGUGACUGUGAAUGAUAAAACUUGUGACAUCUAUUAUUGGAGCCUGUCUUUGCGGUGUGAUUUUUUGUAAAAUGUGGAAAUUCUCCGAUUCCAUGAUUGGAAUCUGGAUUGCUGUCUUCACAGCU